UGCUCCUCACUCUUUCUUUUUUCCCCUUCUUCAAAAUGCUGUCCACCAUCGCUCGCCGCGCUUAUGGUUCGCACGCCUCUGCGCCUGCCGUGUCGUCCGGCCCCAUCCUCGUGUCGACUGCCACCCUCGACCUGAUCGCACAGGUCAACAGCGGCCUGCCUGCACAGCCCCCAAAGUCCCUCGCGCCGACCCCGACCCCCGAGAUUGCUGCGCUCCGCGUCAAGGAGAAGGGCAGCUGGAAGGAUCUCACCAUUGCCGAGCGACAGGCCCUCUAUGACGCCUCGUUCCGCACCUUCCACGACAACCGCAAGGCCAAGCCGCGAGGUGCCAUCUACCUCGGCGUUGGCGCUGGUGUCGGCGCUGGUCUGCUGCUUUUCGUCCUCGGCCGCCUCGUCCUCGCCCGCGAUGCCGAGACUCCCCGCACCCUCACCAAGGAGUGGAAGGAGGCCCGCCGCCAGAUUGCCAUCCGCACUGCUUCCAACCCCGUCUAUGGCGAGUCGCGUGCCACCUGGCAAGACACCGUCUUCAACAUGUUGAAGAAGCCCACCAACUAAAUGAAUUUCCGUUGUUUCCAACCCCGAAAAAGCAACAACCCCACAAAAACAAGCCAAAUUCGGCUCCCCUCCUGUCGACAUGUCCCCUCCGUUUCUCCACAGUGCAAGGCUGCUGCGUGUGUUUGACUGAUCUAUGAAGGUCGAUUGUCGGUUUGGAUGGCCAUUUUGCUGGCUUUGAAAGUUGUCUUGCUUUUUUUUUUUUUGGUUGUUGUGUUUUCGUGUCUGUACUCCCCCGCUAUUGAGCAUUUUGUGAAUCUUCCUUCCUUUCAAACAAUAGAAAAAAAGCACUGUUUGUCUCUA